AUGAACCGGAACCAGCCCGACAAGUUGACAGGCUGGUUCCGGUUCAACCCGGCGAACCGAGUCAACGGGCAACUGGCCCGUUGUCCCGGGAGACCGCCAACAGAGGCUGGCCGGGCCCUACUCGAUCGAUACCACCUCAGGAACUACGUUAUUAAACCUCCUCCCCUCCGCACUCUUCCUAUCCCAACCGCCGCCGCCGCCGCCGCCGAGGACGACAACGAACGUACGACAUCCCACGACAACGCCUCCAUGAUGGAUGCCUUCCUCUCCCUCUCCUCUUCCACCGCCGUCACCCACCGCAAUGUAAUUAGCAGCUGGAACUCGCUUCCUCAAGAGCCGCCUGCCUUGCCCUCCUCCUCAUCCUCCUCCCCCUCCUCUCACUUUACUGUCACCGCUUCUAUACCGGCCCCUAAGUUCACCGGGGAGACCCUCCAGCAGCGCCUCCACUCGCUCAUCGACGGCGCCAGCGACAAUUGGAACUACGCCAUCUUCUGGCAGCUCUCCCCAGCCGCCGCAGGCGUCGCCCUCACUUGGGGCGACGGGUACUACCGGGGAUUGGACGAGGACAACAGAGUACUGCACCGAAGAAAGGGGAAAACUGGAGUUCCAGCCGAACCAGGCCUGGAGGUCAACUCCUUCAUGUCCGGCGGCAGUGGCAAUGACUCGGCCGACGAGAAGGCCACUGACACCGAGUGGUUCUUCCUCGUGUCGAUGACGCAGACGCUUGCUCCCGGAUCUGGGCUCCCGGGACAGACCCUCCUCACCGGUUCGCCGGCGUGGUUGACGACGGAGGAAGUCUUGGAGGCGGACCCUUGCGAACGUGCAAUGCUGGCAAGGGUGUUCGGGUUCCGCACUAUGGCCUGCGUUCCCCUGCCCUGCGGCGCCGUCGUCGAGGUCGGUUCAACGCAGGAGAUCUACCAGAACGUCGAUUUCUUGAACAAGAUCAGAGAGCUCUUCCAUGGCCGCACUGCAACUACAUCGUGGCAGCCGUCGGUGGAGCACGGAGCGCUCCAGGAACCUUGCGAUCUCUACAUCUCCGAGCCAUCCGCCUCGAAGCCUCCUAAUUCCUCUGUUAACGUCGCGAUUUCCCCAACUGGGGGCGGAGCCGACUCCCUCUGCACCGACAAGUACAUCUCCCACGAGAUCAAGAAGUCUUCUUCAAGCAACGACGACGACGAUUGGUUCCUGUCCACGCCCAUUGCGGCGGUGAAGCUGGAGGGCCUCCUUGACUGUAUCGCCGGAGACAGCUCGGACCGCUACUCCGACAUGCAGGCAUCGGUCCGGGAGGUGACGAGAAGUACUGCGCUGAUGGAUCCAGCAUAUAAUCGGCCGAAGAAGCGGGGGCGGAAGCCGGCGAACGGGCGCGAGGAAUCAGUGGACCACUUGGAGGCGGAGCGGCAGCGGCGCAAGAAGCUGAACCAGAGGUUCUACUCGCUGCGCUCCGUGGUGCCCCACGUGUCCAAGAUGGAUAAGGCCUCGCUGCUCGCCGACGCCGUCGCCUACAUCAACGAGCUCCGUUCCAAGACGAAGGCGCUCGACGCGGACAAGAGAAGGCUGCUGGCCGAGCUGGCGGAGCUCGAGGUAAAUAAGGAGACGGCCACCGCCGCCACCGGCAGCCAAACGCCGACCAACCCCCCACCGGGAAGCAUGGUGCGGUGCGCCGACGCCUUGAUGGAGGUGGAGGUGAAGAUUUUCGGGCGGGAGGCGAUCGUCCGGGUGCAGAGCGACUGGCAGCGCCACCCGGCCGCUAGGCUGAUGGCGGCGCUGCGCGAGCUGGAGCUGGAGGUGAACUGCGCCAACGUGUCUGUGGUGAAGGAGCUGAUGAUGCAGCAGGUGACCGUCAAAAUGACGAACCGGGUCUACACGCAGGAGCAGCUAACGGCGGCGCUGUUCGCCGCCGUCGGCGUCGCCGGAGAAACCUGUCGAUCACAAACAUCGAGCUAGGAAUAGUUAAUUGAAGCUUUCUCUUCACAUGCAUGGCAUCGCCACCGAUUGCUAGCUUC